AUGUUCAGCCUGAUAGCAGACGAGGCAACAGACUGCGCUGCAAUGGCACAAAUGGCUCUUUGUGUGCGAUACCUGAAGGAUAGUGAGAUAAGGGAAGAAUUCCUUGGAGUACAGAUGGACUAUAUAAGGGGCCAGGGAUACGACGGGGCCUCAAAAAUGUCCGGGUUAUAUAGAGGUGUCCAAGCCAGGAUCCGCCAACAAUAUCCUGAGGCAGUUUAUACCCAUUGCAAGGCCCAUUGUUUAAACUUAGCAAUUAUUCACGCAUCCAAAUGCACGUAUGUUAGAAAUAUGAUGGCCACGGUGCAGACAGUAGCAUUUGCUUUUAACAUGUCCGCAAAACGUUUGCUAAAAUUUCAAGAAACUCUCGGAUGUGACCCCACCAGCCGUGAAGAAAUGGAAGAGCGACAGAAGCUUCAGUCGUCAUGUGAGACACGUUGGGCAGCUAGGGCCGAUGCUUUUCACACGUUUUUAUGCUUAUACAGAACUGUAGUAACAUCACUGGAAGACCUGGGUGCGAAUGGCGACACGAAGGCAGCUGCAAAUAGUCUAUCUGUGCUACAGUUUGAUUUUAUAAUCACCCUUGUAACAGCGGAGCAUGUUCUUGCUGCAGUUGUUGAACUAUCAACCAUGCUACAGCAGAAAGCCUGCCACCUCUUAAGAGCUGCCACAGAAACUAGAGUGAUAAUUGCUACAUUGAAGGCAAGCAAAAUGAAAUGCUUGGCACUUCUCAUGGUAGUGCCGGUCUCUACCGCUACUGCCGAGAGAUCGUUCUCUACAAUGCGUAGAGUUAAAUCAUACCUCCGGUCAACCAUGACAACUGAGAGGCUGUCCGGCUUGGGACUUCUGAACAUUUACCAGGAAAAGAAGCUUGAUGCUGAACGUAUUGUCGAUAUGUUUGCGGCUAAAAAAGAAAGAAGGCUGGCUUUGAUAUUUAAAGUGUAG